CGUAAGUACAAUAAAUCAACCGCGUGCAAUAAAAACCCACCUUCCCCGCCAAGCUUUUUGAACGAAAUUUACAAUUUCCGCCAUGAAACUCAUUCAGAGAUCUACAAGGUUUCUCGUCGCCCCGCCGUACCUAUUCUCUAAUAAACUCCACUUUUCUCCGUUCAAACAGAAAUCUACGUAAGAUAUGGAGGGUGACCAAGAUCAUUCUCUCGAACUUUUUGGAUCCUCUGUUGAAGGUGACGAUCAAAAGUACAUCUCUCAGCUUAGUACUAUUCUGGUUGCAACGAUCCAGGAAACUAAGGACAGGAUAUCCCAGAUUGAAUAUGUUUUCUGUACCCAACUCUUUCCCAGUUUUCAAACAAAGUCAAAAAGUUUGCAAAAAAUAUAUUCUGAGGCUAGGAAAUCUGCAGAGGAUGCAUGGAAAGAGAAGGAAACCAAUCUCCUAUUUCAAAUAGAAAAACUAAAGCGGGAAAAUCAGCAUAUUCUUGAAGAGAAUCAGGCUUUGAAACUUGAGAAAGAAAUUCCAUCAAGGGAGCUGGCAGAAAGGAUGGAUCUGCUGCGUUCUAAACUACUUGGCGAGCAACUCAAAGCUGAGGAGCUUUCACAGCAACUUAAGCAGAAAUCGAGAGAAAUCGACGAGGGGAUUGAAUUGCAGCAGAAAUUACUUGAAAUGGUUCGGUCAAAAACUUCUCUGAUAAUGAGUAAAGAACAAAAACUGAAAGAGUAUGAAGACCAAUCUAAUGUAUUGCGCACCAAAUUGACUAGCAUGGAGGUGAAGUUCGAUGAGCUCCAGAAGAAGCUUAAUGCGAAGACAGAUGAAGUAUCGACAGCCAAAAAGUUGGAAGAGAAUUUGUUCAAAAAACUUGAAUUACAAGCUUCAGAAAUUAUGAACAUUGAACAGAAGAAUAGUGAUCAGCAAAAAGAGAAACAAAUGCUUGUGGUGAAGUUAGAAAAAUUACUGGAGAAUGUAAAUCGUCUAGAGAAGGAGCUUUUUAGCAAGACUGAAGAAAUUGAGGAAGGAAGGAAACUGCAAACCAAGUUGCUACAGCAAAUUGAUUCAGCUGGCUCAGAAAUUUCAAAGAAUAAAGGGCAGCUCGAGGAACUUCAGAAAGAGAACAAACAACUCUUAGCCAAGUUGAAUGGUUCUCAAGAGAGAGUUAAUGAUCUUAAGUUGAAUCCGAGGGUAAAGAAUAAGGAAGUGGAAGGAAAUGAAUUAUAUGAAAGUUUACGUGAACAGAUCGAAUUAAAGUCCUUUGAGUUACAGGCUGAAAAGAAGGCAAGAAGAGGCGUUGUUGAUGCCUACAAAAGGCUGAAGUCACAAUAUAACUUCCUUUGCAAAAAAAUUGGCCUUACUAGCGAUAAUAUGCUGCUGAAAAACAAAAGAGAAAACGAAACCGAUUCAAUGGCUUAUAAUCAAGAUCUUGCAUCCUCACCAGUAGAUCCUGAUGCAGAAACUGAAGAACCUUCGAUGGCCAUUUCUGAUACAUCCCAAUUGAAGAAAGAGAUUAGCGUGCACCAUAACAUAGAGGAUAAAAAGGUUGUCAAGUUAAAUCAGGCCUUGAACUCCCGUUCCCCUCCAAAGACUCCUGGUUUCUCAAGCGGCUCGAAACGUAGUCCCAAUAUAAAAUCUGCAACAAUAGCGUCUAAAAGACCAGCAUCUAAUUGGAGAGGUACAAGGACUCAUCAUCAAGAGCAAGCGGGGCCUGACCCACACGAUGAUUUUCUUGAUACUCCAUUCGAGAACAUCCGAGAGAAUUUAAACAAUCCUGUGAAGGACAGAGUUCAAGAUCUUCCUCUUCCUGAGGUGGUUGUAAAAGACAUCAAUAUGGAUGUUUCCGAUGACGAGACACAAGAUUUGAAUGCUGUUAAUCCACGACAACAUCAACAGCAGAUGCCAAUUUCAGUAACUGGGAAUAGAGGAGGAGGCAUUAAGUUUGUGGAGCCAGUGAGAAAGAAAGCCGACAGGCAAAAUUUAAAAGGAAUCGAGUGCAAGCAAUGCAAGAAGUUCUAUGAUGCUGUUCUUCCAAAUGAUGGCAACGAAGAAACUAACGGUGAUAAACCGUGUUUACGAUGUGAGCAUCAUGAUGGAGUUUCAAGGCAUCGGUAUAGGUAUGUUCCUCCCAUGACUCCGGAAGGAUUUUGGAACAUUGGAUUUGAAUCUGAAAUGUAAUGUACUUAAUGUAGGAUUAAACCCAUUGUUUGAUAAUUAACGGCAAAGUAGGUGAUGUAUAGUAUAUUUCAGAUAGAAAACUAUGAAACAAUUUAUGCAUUGGGUAAAUAUAAACGAAAGUUUCCAUUUUUACCUCAAA